AUGUCCCACUGCUCAGAUGUCCUCAGAGGUCCUGGUCCAGCUCUGGUGGCAGAGGAAGCCCUGAAACGGGGGCAGGAGAUACAAGACAGAAGCUCAGAACCGUCCAUCUCAGAGAUGCUGCUGCAGUUGCUGCUGCCCCUGCUGUGGGCAGGGUCCCUGGCUCAGGAGGGGAGAUUCCGGCUGCGAGUGCAGGAGUCUGUGACAGUGCAGGAGGGCCUGUGUGUCCGUGUGCCCUGCACUGUUGUCUACCCCCGAAUCGGUUACACUGACUCUGACCCAGCUCAUGGCUACUGGUUCCAAGAAGGGGCAAAUCCAUACCAGGAUGCUCCAGUGGCCACAAACAACCCAGAUCAUAAAGUGCAAGAGGAGACUCAGGGCCGAUUCCACCUCCUCGGGGACCCCUGGACCAAUGACUGCUCCCUGGACAUCAGAGAUGCCAGGAGGAGGGACAAUGGGAAAUAUUUCUUUAGGGUGGAGAGAGGGUCUUUUGCGAGAUAUAAUUACAAUGAGAACCUCCUUUCUGUGCAUGUGACGGCUCUGACACAGACACCUGACGUCCACAUCCAGGGGACCCUAGAAUCUGGCCACCCCAAGAACAUUACCUGUGCAGUGCCAUGGGCCUGUGAGAGGGGGACGCCCCCCACCUUCUCCUGGAUUGGGGCUGCCCUCACCUCCCUGGGCCCCAAGAUUCCCCACUCCUCAGUGCUCACCCUCACCCUGGGGCCCCAGGACCAUGGCACCAACCUCACCUGUCGAGUGACAUUCCCUGGAGCUGGCGUGAGCACAGAGAGGACUGUCCGGCUCAACGUGUCCUAUGCACCCCAGAACCUGAUCAUCAGGGUGCUCUGGGGAGAAGGCACAGGACCUGAAGCUCUGGGCAAUGGCUCAUCUCUUACAGUCCAGCAGGGCCAUUCCCUGCGCCUGGUCUGUGUUGCCGACAGCAACCCUCCUCCCACCAUGAGCUGGACCCAGGGGAGCCUGACCCUGACCCCCUCCUCACCCUCAAACCCUGGGGUCCUGGAGCUGCCCCGGGUGGAGCUGGGGCACCAUGGGAAAUACGUCUGCCGAGCUUGGCACCUGUUGGGCUCUCUGGAAACUGCGCUGAGCCUCUUUGUGACCAAUGCUCCACAGAAGCUGACAGUCCAUGUCUUCCGGGACAACAGCACAGUCCCAGAGGUCCUGGGCAACGCCACCUCCCUGCCCAUCCAGGAGGGCCAGUCCCUGCGCCUGGUCUGUGACACUGAUGGCAACUACCCUGCCAGGCUGAGCUGGUCUCGGGGAAGCCUGACCUUGAGCCCCUCUCAGCCCUUGGAUCCUGGGGUCCUGGAGCUUCCCCGGGUGGUCUUAGGGGAUGGAGGAGAAUUCACCUGCCGUGCUCAGAACCCUUGGGGCUCCUACCACGUCUCCGUGAACUUAAUUGUGCAGGGUGAGUACAGCAGGACACCUGCGUUCUAGGUGGGGCAGUGAGCAGGUUCAGGUGUGGAGUUUAGGAAACUCACCCCUCCAUCCUUCUCUCCCUUUUCCUCCCCCAGGUUUCUCCUGUCACUGCCCCCACAUCUCUGGGGAGCAGCAGGGUACCUGGCCUUUAGUCCUCACCCUGCUCAGGGGGGCCCUAAUGGGGGCUGGCUUCCUUCUCACCUACGGCCUCACCUGGAUCUACUACACCAGGUGAGAAGCCCUUCUCAAGAUGUCCUACAUUUGGGGACAUCUUG